CAAUAAAUCCCUAUUUUGGCGACUGACGAUCGUCUCCAUCAUUGGACUUCACUUUUUCUCUCUGACUGAAAAUUUUGAUCGGUUUCUGAUUUCUCAGCGAAAGAAGCAAAGUGCCGACAAAUAGUGAUUUUCGUGAAGGAAUCAGUUAGAAAAAGAUGAUACAUUUGGCUGGAUUUACGUGUUGUUUAGGCGGCAUCGCUCUUUAUCUUCUCAGCCGGAACACAGGCGGAGUUGUCAAAUCAAUCACUAGGGUUAACCACCUCAAGGAUUUGGAACAAUUGGUAGAGAGCAAGGUGUUUCCUUUGAUCAUAGCAGUAUCAGGAAUUGUCGGCUCUGAGACACCUAUCAAGUGUGAGCAUAGUGACAUACUCGGUGUUUUUCUCAAGAAAACGGCAGAACAACAGGUUUUGAGUCGUAAUUGGAGGUUCUCGUGGGUUCGAAAGAGUACAUUGAUGCAGCCGAUGACUAAGGAAGUCCCGUGGUUUCUGGACGAUGGGACAGGUCGUGUGAAUGUAGCGGUAUCUCAAGGUGAAAUAGGCUUGGCGUUGACGGUUGGAAGUGAUGUAUUUGAAAAGGCAGAGCCGGUUUCGCUUGUUCAAGGAACCUUGGAUUAUCUUAAAGGCCUCAAGAUACUUGGAGUAAGACGCGUUGAGCAUGUUGUCCCAAUUGGUACACCGCUUACAAUUGUUGGUGAGGCUGUUAAGGAUGGCAUGGGGAAUGUCAGGAUUCAAAAACCUGAGCAAGGACCUUUCUACGUGUCUUAUGUACCGCUCGAUCAACUCAUCUCUAAAUUGGGAGAAUGGUCAAGGAGGUUCAAGUAUGCCUCCAUGGGUUUAACUGUUGUUGGUGUGAUUCUUCUUUCAAAGCCUGUGAUUAAAUAUAUUCUAAAGAAAAUUGAAGAUACUCUAGAGAGAAGGCGGCGACAAUUGUUACAGAAAAGAGUUGUUGAUGUACCUGAUCUCUGCGUGAUCUGCCAUGACCAGAAGUAUAACACCGCUUUUGUUCAGUGUGGUCAUAUGUGUUGCUGCUUAACAUGCUCCUUGCGAUUGACGACCUGUCCUCUUUGCCGGGAACAAAUACAACAAGUUUUGAAGAUUUACCGCCAUUGACUGACAAUACUGAGGUCUCAUCUCACCUUUAGAAGACAUUGGACUAAAAAACUUUCGAUCUACUAAAACCAUUGACCAAGCAAACAAUCAUAUAUUAGUCUUGUUAUAUAAAGCCUUGUAUCUUGAAUUCGACUAGAACGAUUUUUGUAUUGUAGAUCGUGAUAACGAGUAAUUACUCAAAUCCCAUAUGAGAUUUUAAGCUUAUAUUUUACUAAUGAUGUUAAAAAUUCAUCA